AUGGCACGGCGCCGAUUGACUGCGUACUACAUCAGAUCAAGGUACAGUAUCCCCUUUUUUAUGUCAAAAGGGAAAAUGCGUUACGCACUAUCUCGGCUGCCUGACAGGGCGCUAGAGGGGGUGUUGAACUCUCCCCCGAUGAGGGUGCGGGAGCUUCCCGAAACUUCGAUCGGUGGCGUCGUGCGGGCACCCCGUCUCACGUUGUCAGACUGCAUCUUACAAGGCUCGGCGCCGGCGGACGCCCUCGAAGCGGUACUUAGGAAGGUCCAAUUUAGAAGACUGGAGAUAGACCACGCUGCCUUAGACGAUGAAGGAGCGGUGAAGUUGUCAGAAUUAGAGGUGUCCGAGGGCCCAUUGGAGGCGUCCCACGCGCCUGUCUUGGCUCGUGCGUUGAGACCUUUAGCGUGUAGAUUACGCGCUCUCUGUCUACAGAGGGUAUCUCUGUCUGGCGAGCCGCUGCUGUGUUUAGUGAUAGCUUUAAAAACGAACAGUUCAGUGCGAGAGUUGCGGCUGGGUGAUAAUCGUUUGACGGCCAGCGACGCGUCCCAUAUAGCCUCAUUGCUUAGACUUAAUACUAGGUUACAACUGUUAGAUCUGUCCAACAACCAAAUACAGGACGCAGGAGCUGGUCACAUAUUCAAUGCGUUAGUAGAACAGGCGGCUUUAAGUCCGCCGGCACCUGAUCCUGCUUCAUUUACCAAAGGCAGAUACGAUCACACUCACGAUCACAGUGAAUCGAACUAUACUCACGAUCACAGUGAGUCGAGCAACAGUCAUGAUCACAUGAGUCGAAAACCACUCACGAUCACAGUGAGUCGAACAACACUCAUGAUCACAGUGAGUCGAAAAACACUCACGAUCACAGUGAGUCGAACAACACUCAAGAUCACAGUGAGUAGAACAAAACUCACGAUCACAUUAAGUCGAACAACACUCACGAUCACAGUGAGUCGAACAACACUCACGAUCACAGUGAGUGGAACAACACUCACGAUCACAGUGAGUCGAAUAAUAAAGGGUUCCAAAGAAGUAGGCGGUUACGAAGCGAGCGGCGUCGCCUUUCUCGUUUUAUGGAACAAUCAGCUGACAAGGAACUGUUCUGUGCACCUGAGUAAAGCGCUGCGAUUGAAAACAGUAUUAGACGAGUGGGCGUUAGUACCUUACAUAAAAAAAGUCGGGGUGUACAUUGCAGCUCGGUGGCGUAAUGGAUAUGCACCGAAGCUUGAAUAG